AUGUUGUUUGGUGUCAGGUUGGCUAACCAGAUGUACCCUCCUUGGAAGGAUUCUUACAUUGAAUAUGAGAGAUUGAAAAAACUGUUGAAGGAGUCAAUCAUUGAAGAUUCCAAAUUCAAAGGCCGGAAGUCACAGCAAAAUAAAGGUGAUUUGUGGAGCGAGAAAGAUGAGUCAAACUUUGUGGCAGUUCUUGAUGCGGAGCUUGAGAAAGUUUACAGUUUUCAAAGCACAAAGUUCAACUCAAUCAUGGAGAAGCUUGUACGGCUGGAACGGAAGACAGACGAUGAGGAAGCAAUCAAACACUUGGAUUUUAAACACUUCCAGCAAGUUCUUGAGGAAGCGCUGAGCGAGGCACAAGAGCUUGAUAACUUCUGCAGAGUUAACUACACGGGCUUCAUUAAGAUAGUGAAGAAGCACGAUAAGCUCCACCCUCGCUACCCCUCGGUGAAGUCGCUACUUCAAGUUAGACUCAAGGAGUUACCUUUCAAUUCCGAAGAGUACUCUCCCCUUUUGUACAAGAUUUCUUUUCUUUACAAUAUUCUGAGAACCAACUCUUCCACUGUUUCCAAGUCUCUGGCCAACUCCUCGAAAUUAUCAAGUGUUCACAACCAUGAGGAGUCGUCCUUCAGGAGCUAUACAUUUUGGAUUCACCCUGACAAUCUAAUGGAAGUCAAGACGAGGAUUUUGAGACACCUGCCAGUCUUAGUGUACGCAGCCCCGCCCAGCGAAAACGACGACCUCAUAGGCAGAGUUGAGUCCACUGUCAUGAACUCAGACGUAUCCUUCCCUGCCGCUCCUAGUAGCAGUGCUUCAGACAGUGCUUCCUUGGGGAACAAAGGUUACGACCCAGUUAUUAGGACCAUCUAUCUUGACAACGAAGCUUUUGAGCUUUACAAUGACAAGCUUUUGAAGUCCAGCUUUAACCCAACCCUCAGACUGAGAUGGACAGGGAAGCUUGCCGAUAAACCUGACAUCUUCUUAGAAAAGAGAAUGCUGGUUGAAGAUCGCAACACUGGCGCAUCUGACUUUGAUGAGACGAGAAUCAAGCUCAAACCAAAAUUUAUUAACGGAUUCAUUUUCAACGGAGAUAAUGAUUACAAAGAGAAGACUUUAAAGAAGCUGAAAGAUCGCGGUACCGUUGACAAUGAAAUUAGUAAGUUGAGCAACAAUUUCAAUACCAUUCAGCAAUUCGUGCUUGAAAACGAGCUACAACCUGUCUUGAGAGCCAUGUACACACGUACCGCUUUCCAGAUUCCUGGUGAUGAUCGCAUCAGAAUCAGCAUUGACUCUGAUUUAAUGUACAUUCGCGAGGAUUCUUUUGACAAAGAAAACCCAAUAAGAGAUCCCAAAAAUUGGCAUAGAUCUGAUAUUGACGCUGAUAUUCCUAACCCGCUCAAGUUUUUGAGGCCUGGAGAAUACGUCAAAUUCCCGUAUGCUGUUUUGGACAUACGUAUCAGAAACCCUAUUGGUGAUAAAGGAGGUGUCAAAGACAGCAUGCGCUCCCAGCUCCCAGGAAAACAUGCACAGUGGGUUGAGGAGCUCACAAACUCGCACUUAGUGAAGGAAGUUGCCAACUUUUCCAAGUACGCACAAGGUGUCGCAUCGCUGUACGGAGAUGAUGAAAAUCUUGAUAUGCUUCCAUUUUGGUUGCCUGACUUAGAGACCGACAUAAGGAAAGACCCCAAACAGGCGUAUGAGGAGGAAAAGAAGAAGCUGGAGGAGCAAAAAGCCAAUCAGGCCCGUCUUGCAAAGAUCAAGAGACUUUCUGUUGUUCAAGGAAGCGGCAAUGGCUCUGGCACCCCAUCAUCUCAACAGUCAGGAGCAGGGUCUCCAAAGGCUGAGGAAAGAGAUGCAGACUUAGAAGAUCCUGAAUCUUCGGACGAUGAGGCCACAGAGCAUCACAGCAGAACAAGGAAAAGAAAACAGAACCCCAAUUUCCUCAAUGUUUUGGUUGGCAGAAAUGCCAAAUUGACUGGUGUUGACUCAGAAGAUGAGGAAAUUACAUUACCCCCUGGUGUUAAGAAGCCAACUUCUUACCUCAAGAAUGCAGGGCCAGUGAAAGUUGAGGCCAAAGUUUGGUUGGCAAAUGAAAGAACUUUCAAUAGAUGGCUAUCCCUAACGAGUUUAAUGAGUGUGCUAACCUUCACCAUAUACAACUCUGUUAGAAGAGCUGAAUUUCCGCAAUUGGCCACAUUCCUCGCCUACGCUUAUUUUUGUAUCACAAUCUUCACAGGGCUGUGGGCUUACAGGACUUAUAUCAAGAGACUUAACGUCAUUAAAGCGAGAAGCGGGCAGCAUUUGGAUGCGCCCUUUGGUCCAUUGAUGGUUGCGCUCGUCGUAGUUUUCACCCUAGUUGUCAACUUCGUUAUUGCAUUCAAAGAAGCUGCUUGUAAAGAAAGGACCGAGGGUUCCUCGAUGUCCUUAAACGAUGCUGAGCAACUACCUGUCUUUGCCAGGUUUAUCGAAAGGUUAGUGUUUAAAGCCAUCGGCGCCAGUGAACCAUGA